AUUUUGCCUUUUGGCGAUGAAUGUGUGUGAUGUGAUGGGAUGAGAGCCAAAGGAGACGAAUUUGAGUACCAAUCUUGCACCUCUCUUCCCUUUCCUCCGCUUGUUGCUGCGUAUACGGUCUGAAACUCUCCUGCCGUCGCGGAAGAAGAACACCCAUCUUCCGCAUUGACGAGCGAAACCGAGCGGUCGAAGCGCUUGCUCGUCUCGUGAAGUUCUGCGUUAAUUGUGGAGGCUUGGGAAUCUUGCUCGAAUCCGCAACUGUCUAAGGAAGUUAGUUUUGCCUAGGCCCAAAAUCAAACAAUAAAGUCACUGGAAAGUACAGAUAGAAAGCCAAAUCAAGAAGGAGAUGGAGGGGUUAGUUUCUUUUCGAGCGACGGCUAGGGUUCCAUUUCAUGGUGUACCCCUCAUGCGCAGGCCCGUGAAGUCAUCAAUCUGUAAAUUACUUCCAAUUGCUGCAAUGGACCUUCAUGCGAAGGAAAGUAAGCUCUCUAUCAGCUGUGUUCGAGCUCAACAGUCGGAGACGAGUGAUAUAUCUGCUACAGUUGUAUCUGCUAAUGAAUCACAAGAAAAUUCUCUUAAUGCCAAGGACUGGGAAUUAGGGAUGUACCAAGAUGAAGUAGCUGCUAGCCAAGGGAUCAGGAUUAGAAGAAGGCCACCAACUGGACCUCCCUUGCAUUAUGUUGGGCCCUUUGAGUUUCGAUUGCAAAAUGAAGGCAACACUCCUCGAAAUAAGCUGGAGGAGAUUGUAUGGCAUAAGGAAAAGGAAGUCUCACAGUUGAAAGGAAAGCAACCCUUGGUGAUGCUUAGGAAAGCCCUUCAAAAUGCUCCCCCGACUAGAGAUUUUAUUGGAGCUCUUAAAGCAGCUCAUGAACGUACAGGACUUCCGGGUUUGAUUGCUGAAGUUAAAAAGGCUUCUCCAAGUAGAGGAGUACUGAGGGAAGAUUUUGAUCCAAUUGAAAUCGCCCAUGCUUAUGAAAAAGGAGGGGCAGCAUGUCUAAGUGUUUUGACUGAUGAGAAGUAUUUUCAGGGGAGCUUUGAUAAUUUAGAAGCAAUAAGGAGUGCAGGAAUAAAGUGCCCUCUCCUGUGCAAAGAAUUUAUAGUAGAUGCAUGGCAGAUUUACUAUGCUCGAGUAAAAGGUGCAGACGCCAUUCUUUUGAUUGCAGCAGUUCUGCCUGACCUUGACAUCAGAUACAUGAUUAAGAUUUGUAAGAUGCUUGGGUUGGCUGCUCUUGUUGAGGUGCAUGAUGAGCGGGAAAUGGAUCGCAUCCUUGGAAUAGAGGGAGUCGAGCUUAUUGGCAUCAACAACCGCAAUCUGGAAACAUUUGAGGUGGAUAUCAGCAACACACAGAAGCUUCUUCUUGGAGAGCGUGGGCAAUUGAUCCGUCAGAAGGAUAUAAUUGUUGUUGGGGAGUCUGGACUGUUUACUCCUGACGACAUUGCCUAUGUACAAGAGGCCGGUGUUAAGGCGGUAUUAGUCGGGGAGUCGCUCGUGAAGCAAAGUGAUCCCGGGAAGGGAAUUGCCGGACUUUUUGGGAAGGACAUCUCAUUCUGAGCUCAGAGCAAAGCUAAAAUAGAAUUAUCAUUUCACAGAUGCGCUAAGCGAAUUGGGCUUUUAACGUAUCUGCCAGUCAUUAUUAAGCUUCCUCAUUUGCAGAGAACUGGAAGAGAGCAUUGUAAUCAAAUAUCUGAUGGUAGGAGGUGACUUCUUACGUCGGACUAAAUUGUAAUAAACACUCUGUGUGAUUGUUUACAUUUGAUAGACAGGAGCCUCUCCGGAACGUUUAGCGCGAUUUUGCCACUAAAGAUCUAUAGUUUGUAUGAUA